AUGUCAGAGACCAUCGACCCCAUCGACUUUGACAUUGAUGCGAUCAACAAUGUCGAAGAGACCGCGUAUCAAGAGGGCUAUCAGCAAGGCUUUGACCAUGGCGCACUGCAUGGCACUUUCGAGGGACGCGAGCUUGGACGCAACAAAGGGUUUGAGCUCUGGGACGAGGUGGGGUUCUACCGAGGCAUGGCCGAGGUGUGGAGGGAAUGCUUGGAACGGGCGGAAGCGGCUGGACACAGCUCGCGGAAGCAAACCAAGCAGAUCCAGCACCUGGCCGGCCUCGAGAGGCUCAUCUCGUUCUUUCCCAUGACCAACACUUCCUCGGACCCAUCGCUUGAACUCGGCCAAGCUGCCGCAGCAGACGAUGUCGCAGAUGUCGAAAUGAACGCUGACGCGGAUGCCGAUGCCGAUGCCGACGCGGAUGCAAAUAACGACGACGCCGAGUUGGCCAAGCUCGACAUGUUGACGCUACUCGAGAAAGUUCGAGCCAAGUAUCGAUUGACGUGUUCGGUGCUGGGCGUUCCAUCGCAGCGGCCAUCGUCAUUGGCAGAAAUCGGAGCCGCUUCACACCAAGGCCAACGAAUGGACAGCUCAUCUAAGGCUGACAGCAAGACAGUGCUCGUUGCUGGCAAACUCGUUGAUCCAUCACAGCUCAAGUACUGA